CGACUUAGCGCCACAAGGCUGAGGGAGGCUCCCUCGCUUUCGUCCCCGCCUUCGAAUUUCCACUCUCCAAACUUUUCACCCUCACCGACGCGCAAGGAGCCAGGGGCCGAGACUCGCUAUCCGAAAAGGCAAAAAAAAAAAGAGGAGCAAGCGCUGGAUAACCUUUCUUUUGUUCCCCCCACAGAGACGACCUCACCAUCGAUUUCGUCGGCAGGAAGAUGCCUCUGGCUGAGCAUCAAGACUGCGCCGCAGUCCUCGAUGAAUGGACAAAUCGAACCGCGAACCUGCCUGCUGAAAUUGCGUUCAUGCAGGAGGAGAUCGCGGAAAAGGACAGGCAGAUGAACGAAUGUCUUCAGAUCAUCACUAGAAACGACAACGCCAUCCAGAAAUGGAUCAAAAUCAAUGGGAGCCACAUUCAGAACCCCAAAGAAGAGAUUCACCGCAAGGCAGUGAUGGAGAAUUACGAUAAAGCCACGAUUCUCCAGGAAGAGAAGGUCGCGUUAGCUCAGAAGGCCCAAGCUAUCAUCGACAAGCACACUCGAUGGCUCGAUGGACACAUCAAGGCUUUGCAGGAACGAGGUGAAUUCCCCGAUGAACCAGAUAUUCCUUCGAUAUUGCGACCACAGCCACCAGACCGUACCGCCCGUGCCGAACCAAGUGCUGCUGUGAUGCCUCUAGGCCAAGUCUCCAACUCCGCUACCAUUGCGCACCAACGACACCCCAAUCAACAUCCUAGUCGUAUGCUGCCGACGCAGACUCAGGCCGCUGCUAGUGCAACAACCUCCUCGGCUCCUGCGACACCUGCUGCCGCGAUGAUGCUCAACCGUCAAACCAGGGAAUCGUCGUUAGGAGCAGUGGCAGCGGCGAACAAGCGGCAGAGAUUAACAGGAGGAUUAGGGAGUCUCCCAGCAAACUCAAGUGGACUUGCCCGUCACUCUUCGAUGACUCCCGGUACUCCGAGGGCUGGUACACCCACUACUGCGCGAGCCGGAAGCGCACAACCACGAACGUCACAAAAGACGACUGCCCAGAAGAAGGUUGCUCCAUAUGGGAGCAGGCAGAGUGGUGCUCCACGGAAGAACAAGCCCGGCAAGUCAGGUCUCAGCAGAUUGAAACGUACCGGCAACAAGAAUUCUCCAUCAUCCACGAACGACAGUGAGCUUAGCGAAGCAGAGUCUGGAUCUGGGGACGAAGAAGACGAGGUUACUACACCCCCACCGCCGGGAAGAGAUGCAGAAGGAGAUGAAGAUAUGGUCGACGUUGAUGAAGAUGAGGGAGGAGAUGACAAGAAGUAUUGCAUAUGCCAAAGUGUCAGCUAUGGUGAUAUGGUGGCUUGCGAUAAUGAGCAAUGUCCAUAUGAAUGGUUUCAUUGGACAUGCGUUGGUCUGAAGAGCGAGCCAGUAGGGACCUGGAUAUGCCCCGUCUGUACCAAAAACAACAAAAAAUAGUUAUUGGUUGGCUCGCAGUUGGGAGGACGAAUUUGACUGUUAGCAUGGCGUUUGGGGGGAUUUGGGCUGGAUACUAUCUGGAGGAGUUCUGUAAUAAGGCAGGAAGCCUUUUGAAUUUUGAGGAACGGCCAGCUUAGAAGCAUGGCUCAUGAGCAUAUGACUACGUCUGAAUAGAAAAACAGACGACCUUUCACA